AUGACUAUAUCAACUAUUUGGAUAUUGGCUUUCUUUUCUGUCAUUUAUGGCGGUGGAGCUACCCAUCAUGUUUACAGAAAUCUUCAGAGUCUGUCUUCUGAUUCCUCUGAUCAACCUUAUAGAACUGCUUAUCACUUCCAACCUCCCAAGAAUUGGAUCAAUGAUCCCAAUGGACCAAUGACAUAUGGAGGAUUUUAUCAUCUAUUCUAUCAAUACAAUCCUAAAGGUGCUGUUUGGGGAAAUAUUGUGUGGGCACACUCUGUAUCAAAGGAUCUUGUGAAUUGGACCCCACUAGAUAUUGCCAUUUAUCCAUCUCAGCCGUCUGAUAUCAAUGGUUGUUGGUCAGGUUCAGCCACACUGCUUCCUGGGAACAAACCUGCCAUUUUAUACACUGGAAUUGACCCUUUGAAUCAUCAAGUUCAAAACUUGGCCUACCCCAAAAAUUUGUCUGACCCAUUUCUUAGAGAAUGGGUUAAGUCACCAAAAAAUCCUCUAAUGGCACCAACUAGUGCUAAUAAGAUCAAUGGAAGUUCAUUUAGAGACCCUACCACUGCUUGGCUUGGCAAAGAUGGGUAUUGGAGGGUGCUUGUUGGGAGCAAAAUAAACACCACUGGAAUGGCACUUUUGUACAAGAGCAAAGACUUCGUUAAUUGGGUUGAAGCCAAACACCCAUUACAUUCAGCCCAAGGUACUGGAAUGUGGGAGUGCCCUGAUUUCUUCCCAGUUUUGAAUAAGGGCCCGAUUGGUGUUGACACAUCCGUGAAUGGUGAUGAUGUUAGGCACGUUCUAAAGGCAAGCUUGGAUGAUAGAAAACAUGAUUACUAUUUGAUUGGGACUUACAAUGCUACCCAAGAUAUCUUCAUCCCUGAUAAAGAAUUCGAGGGAAAUGAAUUUGUCUUGAGAUAUGAUUUUGGAAAAUACUAUGCCUCAAAAACGUUCUUUGAUUGUGAAAAAAAUAGAAGAAUUUUAUUGGGAUGGGUCAAUGAAUCAUCUAGUGUAGCAGAUGAUAUCAAGAAAGGAUGGUCAGGAAUUCAUGCAAUUCCAAGGGCUAUCUGGUUGCAUGAAUCUGGUAAAGUGUUGGAACAGUGGCCAGUGGUUGAAAUUGAAAAACUACGUGCAAACCCAGUGAACUGGCCCACCAAAGAGCUUAGGGGAGGUGAGCUACUUCAAAUUAAUGGUGUCUCUGCAGCACAGGCUGACGUUGAAAUUUCAUUUAAAGUGAAUAAGUUGGAAGAAGCUGAAGUAUUGUACAAUUGGACGGACCCCCAAAUUCUAUGUAGUAAAAAGGGUUCAUCCAUUAGAAGUGGAUUGGGACCUUUUGGUCUUCUAGUAUUUGCUUCUGAGGGAUUGCAAGAGUACACAUCAGUGUUCUUCAGAAUAUUUAAAUACCAGCAAAAAUAUUUGGUGUUCUUGUGUAGUGAUCAGAGCAGGUCUUCCUUGAAUAAAAACAAUGAUUUGACCACUUAUGGAUCUUAUGUGGAUGUGGAUCCUCUUCAUGAGAACUUGUCCUUAAGAACCUUGAUUGAUCAUUCUGUCGUAGAGAGUUUUGGAGGAGAAGGAAGGGCUUGUAUCACAGCCAGAGUUUAUCCCACAUUGGCAAUCAAUAAUAAAGCACAAUUGUACGCAUUCAAUAAUGGAACUUCUGAUGUCAUCGUCUCAAGAUUGAGUGCUUGGAGCAUGAAUAGAGCUCAAAUAAAUUAA